GCACCACCGCGGCGCCCCUCCGCUAGAGGAGGGGACCAAGCCGAUUCUCCUCUGCAGCAAAAAAUUACAUGUAUAUAUUCCGAAGAUAAUAUAUACAUCGGAUUUUAUUUUUUUUUAAAAAAGUUUAUUUUGCUCCAUUUUUGAAAAGGAAGGAGCGUGGGUGGAGAGCGGUUUUUAUAAAUUAUCCUUGUUUUCUCUUAUUUGUCCCUGUCCCUCCCCACCCCCUGCUGAAGCGAGAAUAAGCGCAGGGACCGCGGCUCCUACCCAUCCGUCACCCCCUCGCCCAUUGCUCCCCCGCCCUAACGCCCAGCACAGUGCCCUGCACACAGUAGGCGCCCAAUAAAUGUUCGUGGAUGAUGAUGAUGAUGAUGAUGAAAAAAAUGCAGCAUCAACGGCAGCAGCAAGCGGACCACGCGAACGAGGCAAACUAUGCAAGAGGCACCAGACUCCCUCUUUCUGGUGAAGGACCAACUCCUCAGCCGAAUAGCUCCAAGCAAACUGUCCUGUCUUGGCAAGCUGCAAUCGAUGCUGCCAGACAGGCCAAGGCUGCCCAGACUAUGAGCACUUCUGCACCUCCACCUGUAGGAUCUCUCUCCCAAAGAAAACGUCAGCAAUAUGCCAAGAGCAAAAAACAGGGUAACUCGUCCAACAGCCGACCUGCCCGCGCCCUUUUCUGUUUAUCACUCAAUAAUCCCAUCCGAAGAGCCUGCAUUAGUAUAGUGGAAUGGAAACCAUUUGACAUAUUUAUAUUAUUGGCUAUUUUUGCCAAUUGUGUGGCCUUAGCUAUUUACAUCCCAUUCCCUGAAGAUGAUUCUAAUUCAACAAAUCAUAACUUGGAAAAAGUAGAAUAUGCCUUCCUGAUUAUUUUUACAGUCGAGACAUUUUUGAAGAUUAUAGCAUAUGGAUUAUUGCUACAUCCAAAUGCUUAUGUUAGGAAUGGAUGGAAUUUACUGGAUUUUGUUAUAGUAAUAGUAGGAUUGUUUAGUGUAAUUUUGGAACAAUUAACCAAAGAAACAGAAGGCGGGAACCACUCUAGUGGCAAAUCAGGAGGCUUUGAUGUCAAAGCCCUCCGUGCCUUUCGAGUGUUACGACCACUUCGACUAGUAUCAGGAGUGCCCAGUUUACAAGUUGUCCUGAACUCCAUUAUAAAAGCCAUGGUUCCCCUCCUUCACAUAGCCCUUUUGGUAUUAUUUGUAAUCAUAAUCUAUGCUAUUAUAGGAUUGGAACUUUUUAUUGGAAAAAUGCACAAAACAUGUUUUUUUGCUGACUCAGAUAUCGUAGCUGAAGAGGACCCAGCUCCAUGUGCGUUCUCAGGGAAUGGACGCCAGUGUACUGCCAAUGGCACAGAAUGUAGGAGUGGCUGGGUUGGCCCAAACGGAGGCAUCACCAACUUUGAUAACUUUGCCUUUGCCAUGCUCACUGUGUUUCAGUGUAUCACCAUGGAGGGCUGGACGGAUGUGCUGUACUGGAUGAAUGAUGCUAUGGGAUUUGAAUUGCCCUGGGUGUAUUUUGUCAGUCUCGUCAUCUUUGGGUCAUUUUUCGUACUAAAUCUUGUACUUGGUGUAUUGAGCGGAGAGUUCUCAAAGGAAAGAGAGAAGGCUAAAGCACGGGGAGACUUCCAGAAGCUACGGGAAAAGCAGCAGCUGGAAGAGGAUCUCAAGGGCUACUUGGAUUGGAUCACUCAGGCAGAAGACAUUGAUCCUGAGAACGAGGAGGAGGGUGGAGAAGAAGGCAAACGCAAUACUAGCAUGCCCACCAGCGAGACUGAAUCUGUGAACACAGAGAACGUGAGUGGCGAAGGCGAGACCAAGGGCUGCUGCAGACGUCUCUGGUGCUGGUGGAGAAGAAGAGGCACGGCCAAGACGGGGCCCUCUGGGUGUCGGCGGUGGGGUCAAGCCAUCUCAAAAUCCAAACUCAGCCGACGCUGGCGUCGCUGGAACCGAUUCAAUCGUAGAAGAUGUAGGGCUGCUGUGAAGUCUGUCACAUUUUACUGGCUGGUUAUUGUCCUGGUGUUUCUCAACACGUUAACCAUUUCCUCUGAGCACUACAAUCAGCCCGGCUGGUUGACACAGAUUCAAGAUAUUGCCAACAAAGUCCUCUUGGCCCUGUUCACCUGUGAGAUGCUGAUAAAAAUGUACAGCUUGGGUCUCCAGGCGUAUUUCGUGUCUCUUUUCAACCGGUUUGACUGCUUCGUGGUAUGUGGUGGGAUUACCGAGACCAUCUUAGUGGAGCUGGAAAUCAUGUCUCCGCUGGGGAUUUCCGUGUUUCGGUGUGUGCGCCUCUUAAGAAUCUUCAAAGUGACCAGGCACUGGACUUCUCUCAGCAACUUGGUGGCAUCCCUGUUAAACUCCAUGAAGUCUAUCGCUUCACUGUUGCUUUUGCUUUUUCUCUUCAUUAUCAUCUUUUCCUUGCUUGGGAUGCAGCUGUUUGGUGGGAAGUUUAAUUUCGAUGAAACGCAAACCAAGCGAAGCACCUUCGACAACUUUCCUCAAGCACUGCUGACCGUAUUCCAGAUUCUGACAGGUGAAGACUGGAAUGCUGUGAUGUAUGACGGCAUCAUGGCUUAUGGAGGCCCAUCCUCUUCGGGAAUGAUUGUCUGCAUCUACUUCAUCAUCCUCUUCAUCUGUGGUAACUAUAUUCUACUGAAUGUCUUCCUGGCCAUUGCUGUAGACAACUUGGCUGAUGCUGAAAGUUUGAACACUGCCCAAAAAGAGGAAGCUGAAGAAAAAGAAAGGAAAAAGAUUGCCAGAAAAGAGAGCCUAGAAAAUAAAAAGAACCACAAACCAGAAGUCAACCAAAUAGCCAACAGUGACAACAAGGUUACAGUUGAUGACUAUCGAGAGGAAGAUGAGGACAAGGACCCUUACCCGCCUUGUGAUGUGCCAGUAGGUGAAGAGGAAGAGGAGGAGGAGGAGGAUGAACCUGAAGUUCCCGCUGGUCCCCGCCCUCGCAGAAUCUCAGAGUUGAACAUGAAGGAGAAAAUCGCCCCCAUCCCUGAAGGGAGUGCUUUCUUCAUUCUCAGCAAGACCAACCCGAUCCGUGUGGGCUGCCACAAGCUCAUCAACCACCACGUCUUCACCAACCUCAUCCUCGUCUUCAUCAUGCUGAGCAGCGCUGCCCUGGCCGCGGAGGACCCCAUCCGCAGCCACUCCUUCCGGAACACUAUACUGGGUUACUUUGACUAUGCUUUCACAGCCAUCUUUACUGUUGAAAUCCUGUUAAAGAUGACGACUUUUGGAGCUUUCUUGCACAAAGGGGCUUUCUGCAGGAACUACUUCAAUUUGCUGGACAUGCUAGUUGUUGGUGUGUCUCUGGUGUCAUUUGGGAUUCAAUCCAGUGCCAUCUCUGUUGUGAAGAUUCUGAGGGUCUUAAGGGUCUUGAGGCCCCUUAGAGCCAUCAACAGAGCAAAAGGACUUAAGCACGUUGUCCAGUGCGUCUUCGUGGCCAUCCGGACAAUUGGCAACAUCAUGAUCGUCACUACCCUCCUCCAGUUCAUGUUUGCCUGCAUUGGGGUGCAGUUGUUCAAGGGGAAGUUCUAUCGCUGCACAGACGAAGCCAAAAGUAACCCUGAAGAGUGCAGAGGGCUUUUCAUCCUCUACAAGGAUGGAGACGUCGAUAGCCCCGUGGUCCGUGAAAGGAUCUGGCAAAAUAGUGAUUUCAACUUUGACAACGUCCUUUCUGCUAUGAUGGCACUCUUCACGGUCUCCACUUUUGAGGGCUGGCCUGCGUUGCUAUACAAAGCCAUUGACUCAAAUGGAGAAAACGUUGGCCCAGUCUACAACUACCGCGUGGAGAUCUCCAUCUUCUUCAUCAUCUAUAUCAUCAUUGUCGCGUUCUUUAUGAUGAACAUCUUUGUGGGCUUUGUCAUUGUUACAUUUCAGGAGCAGGGAGAAAAAGAGUAUAAGAACUGUGAGCUGGACAAAAAUCAGCGUCAGUGUGUCGAAUACGCCUUGAAAGCACGUCCCUUGCGGAGAUACAUCCCCAAAAACCCCUACCAGUACAAGUUCUGGUACGUGGUAAACUCUUCGCCUUUCGAAUACAUGAUGUUCGUCCUCAUCAUGCUCAACACACUCUGCUUGGCCAUGCAGCACUACGAGCAGUCCAAGAUGUUCAAUGACGCCAUGGACAUUCUGAACAUGGUCUUCACUGGGGUGUUCACUGUUGAAAUGGUUUUGAAAGUCAUUGCAUUUAAGCCUAAGGGGUAUUUUAGUGACGCCUGGAACACGUUUGACUCCCUCAUCGUAAUCGGCAGCAUUAUAGACGUGGCCCUCAGCGAAGCAGACCACUAUUUCACUGAUGCAUGGAACACUUUUGAUGCCUUAAUUGUUGUCGGUAGCGUCGUUGAUAUUGCUAUAACUGAAGUGAAUCCAACUGAAAGUGACAAUGUCCCUGUCCCAACUGCUACACCUGGGAACUCUGAAGAGAGCAAUAGAAUCUCCAUCACCUUUUUCCGUCUUUUCCGAGUGAUGCGACUGGUGAAGCUUCUCAGCAGGGGGGAAGGCAUCCGGACAUUGCUGUGGACUUUUAUUAAGUCCUUCCAGGCACUCCCGUAUGUCGCCCUCCUCAUUGCCAUGCUGUUCUUCAUCUACGCCGUCAUCGGCAUGCAGAUGUUUGGGAAAGUUGCCAUGAGAGAUAAUAACCAGAUCAACAGGAACAACAACUUCCAGACGUUUCCCCAGGCAGUGCUGCUGCUCUUCAGGUGUGCUACUGGCGAGGCUUGGCAGGAGAUCAUGCUGGCCUGCCUCCCAGGAAAGCUAUGUGAUCCCGAGUCAGACUACAACCCCGGAGAGGAGUACACAUGCGGCAGCAGCUUUGCCAUCGUCUAUUUCAUCAGCUUUUACAUGCUCUGUGCGUUUCUGAUCAUCAAUCUGUUUGUGGCUGUCAUCAUGGACAAUUUUGACUAUCUGACCCGGGACUGGUCUAUUUUAGGGCCUCACCACUUAGAUGAAUUCAAAAGAAUAUGGUCAGAAUAUGACCCUGAGGCAAAGGGAAGGAUAAAACACCUCGACGUGGUCACACUGCUCCGGCGCAUCCAGCCUCCUCUGGGAUUUGGGAAAUUAUGCCCACACCGAGUAGCGUGUAAGAGGUUAGUUGCCAUGAACAUGCCUCUCAACAGUGAUGGAACAGUCAUGUUUAACGCAACCCUGUUUGCUUUGGUCCGAACAGCUCUCAAGAUCAAGACUGAAGGGAACCUGGAACAAGCUAAUGAAGAACUUCGAGCUGUGAUAAAGAAAAUCUGGAAGAAAACCAGCAUGAAACUGCUCGACCAAGUUGUCCCUCCUGCUGGUGAUGAUGAGGUAACCGUGGGGAAGUUCUAUGCCACUUUCCUGAUACAGGACUACUUUAGGAAAUUCAAGAAACGGAAAGAACAAGGAUUGGUGGGAAAAUACCCUGCGAAGAACACCACAAUUGCCCUACAGGCAGGAUUAAGGACACUGCAUGACAUUGGGCCAGAAAUCCGGCGUGCUAUAUCCUGUGAUUUGCAAGAUGAUGAGCCAGAGGAAAAGAGAGAAGAAGAAGAUGUAUUCAAAAGAAAUGGUGCCCUGCUUGGAAACCAUGUCAAUCAUGUUAAUAGUGAUAGGAGAGAUUCCCUUCAGCAGACCAAUACCACCCACCGUCCCCUGCAUGUCCAAAGGCCUUCAAUUCCACCUGCGAGUGAUACUGAGAAACCGCUGUUUCCUCCAGCAGGAAAUUCGGUGUGUCAUAGCCGUCCUAACCGUAAUUCCGUAGGAAAGCAAGUUCCCACCUCAACAAAUGCCAAUCUCAACAAUGCCAACAUGUCCAAAGCUGCCCAUGGAAAGCGACCCAGCACUGGGGACCUUGAGCAUGUGUCUGAAAAUGGGCAUCAUUCCUCCCACAAGCACGACCGGGAGCCUCCAAGAUGGUCCAGUAUUAAAAGAACGCGCUAUUAUGAAAUGUACAUUAGGUCCGACUCAGGGGAUGAGCAGUUCCCAACUAUUUGCCGAGAGGACCCAGAGAUACACGGGUACUUCAGGGACCCCCGCUGCUUGGGGGAGCAGGAGUACUUCAGUAGCGAGGAGUGCUAUGAGGAAGACAGCUCUCCCACCUGGAGCAGGCAAAACUACAGCUGCUACAACAGGUACCUGGGCGGCACCACGGACUUCGAGAGGCCCCGAGGCUACCACCCACCCCAAGGCUGCUCGGAGGACGAUGACUCGCCUGUCUGCUAUGACUCUCGGAGAUCUCCCCGGAGACGCCUACUACCUCCCACCCCCCCACCCCACCGGAGAUCCUCCUUCAACUUCGAAUGUCUGCGCCGGCAGAGCAGCCAGGAGGAGGCCCCGCCUUCCCCCACCCUGCCGCACCGCACGGCCCUGCCUCUGCAUCUGAUGCAGCAGCAGAUCAUGGCAGUUGCAGGCCUCGACUCAAGUAGAGCCCCGAAGUACUCACCGAGCCACUCAACCCGGUCGUGGGCCACCCCUCCAGCAACUCCUCCAUACAGGGACUGGACACCGUGCUAUACCCCCCUGAUCCAGGUGGAGCGGUCAGAGUCCCUGGACCAGGUCAACGGCAGCCUGCCCUCCCUGCACCGCAGCUCCUGGUACACGGACGAGCCUGACAUCUCCUAUCGGACUUUCACACCAGCCAGCCUGACUGUCCCCAGCAGAUUCCGUAACAAGAACAGCGACAAGCAGAGGAGUGCAGACAGCUUGGUGGAGGCAGUCCUGAUAUCCGAAGGCUUAGGACGCUAUGCAAGGGACCCAAAAUUUGUGUCAGCGACUAAACAUGAAAUCGCUGAUGCCUGUGACCUAACCAUUGAUGAGAUGGAGAGUGCAGCCAGCACCCUGCUCAACGGGAGCAUGGGUCCUCGGGCCAGUGGGGAUGUGGGCCUUGUCUCUCACCGGCAGGACUACGAGCUCCAGGAGUUUGGGCCCGGCUACAGUGACGAGGAGCCAGACCCUGGGCGAGAUGAGGAGGACCUGGCUGAUGAAAUGAUCUGUAUCACCACCUUGUAGCCCCAUUGAGGGGCAGACUGGCUCUGGCCUCGGUGGAGGCACAGGAGGGCCAGGGAUAAAGUGCCUCGUAGUUAGGAAAGUUUAGGCACUAGUUGGGAGAAAAAUAUUCAACUAGACUUUCGUACAAGUGAUGUCAUGCCUCAAGGAAGCCAUAAACCUGGUAGGAGCAGGUUCUGAGCAGCGGUCCUGGCAGUGCCCCGUGCACUCAGCCCGGCCGCAGAGACAGUAGGCCCAGCCUUGAGACAGGAUGGGUGAGGAGUCAGGCCAGCCCCGCGAAACACGCAGGCGGAUACUACCCAGGGCGCCCAGCCACGCCCACCCACAGGCACGAGGGGGAAGGUUAAAGGUGAUGACAGUCACCACAGCUGCGUCAUUACCUCAGCCACUGGUCUCGUGUAUCACAGCAUAUCCAUUUUUAAACCCCUUCCCCCAAACACACCGCUUCCUGGUUCCGGUUCUGCUCUUCGGCAGUGGAGUGUCAGAACUCCGCCACCAGUGCUCAUCACCAGAGGGGAGCAGGACCUGACAGCUAAGGUUUUCUGCUAUGUGGCGCCAGUUUACAUGCGAGCACGUCACUCGGAUGGUCAGUUCUGACUGUCACGCUCAAGGGCAACUGUAAAACUGGAAUAAUAAUGCACUUGCAACCAGGUAAACUUAAGAUACGCUAGUUUGUUUAAAAAUUAUAGAUUUACUUAUUGUACAUGACUUGUAAUAUACAAUUUGUAUUUGUAAAGAGAUGGUCUAUAUUUUGUAAUUAUUGUACCGUAUUUGAACUGCAGCAAUAUCCAUGGGUCCUAACAAUUGUAGAUCCCCACAGAAAUCUAGAAAUUAUUAGUAUUUUUACUGGGGCUAUACAGAAGUAGAAGAAAUAGAGCCAAUUCUCACUUAUUCCAUGAAAAUCCUUUGGGGGUAAAAUUUUGAGUUCGAAAGAACUUGACACUACAAAAAUGUUUCUGAAGUAUUUGGAGUCACUAUAAACCUAUCUUUACAUAAGAUACA